AUGGGUUUUAAUCGAUGUUUUAUUUGGAGCACAGGUGCAAUUAUUAAAAGAAGUCUUGAACCUUCUCUAAAGCUAUAUUUAUACAGAAGCAGAGAUACAAGGAAAAGUCUCAAAAUUCUAUCAGAAAUUUAUAACCAAAAACCCUUAAAUUUUAUUAAAUCUGUUUUCUGGCCAGAAAUCUAAGCAAUACUUCUAGCUUAAUUUGGGAACGAAAAAGGGAUAAUUUUAUGAACAAUUAUAAACUUUUUUUGGAAAAUUUUCCAACUAUUCGUAACUUUUUAUCCUGAAACAAGGAAGCAGUGAAAUGUAGUAGGAUGAAAGAGGAGAGACCAAGGAACAUUAAGGAUAAUGCAUUAGACAGCUAAUUGAUAGCUUUCGGGGUUUAGAAUAGUUUUUGAAAAAUCUUAUAAUUAUGAUUAACUCCGAAAGUAAGCACAAUCAGACCUUAAUAUUUUAUAUAUGAAUUAAGUUAUAGGUCUUCCUGCUUCUCUCAAAUUUAGAGCAGUUAAUAUUUGUGAUAAUUCUUCUCCCAAAAUAUGCGAUUUUCCUUCAAAAACAUCAUUCUUUUUGCUAAAAUUUACAUAAAGUUCAUCAAAACCUUAUCUAAAGCAAGUUAAAGGCUGUAAGCAACUACUUCCUUGCCAAACAACAAGAUUCCACAUCUAAAUUACAUUCCAAGCGCUUCA